GUGGUGCUGCUGCUGCUGCCAUUUCAUCACCUUUGCGAGCGUAGCAUCCAUCCCUCCACUCCCUCAACGCCUGGGCCUACCUUUAGGCUACCAGGCCAGUGAUGCGGCCGGUCUAGAAACGGGUUGACCUGCGCUAAGGCCUUGGUGGGGCGCCCCCUUCCGCCUCCCCAGGCCUGGGCUGAAGAGUCCUGCCAGGCCACGGCCAUGGAGGCCAUCUGGCUGUACCAGUUCCGGCUCAUUGUCAUCGGCGAUUCCACGGUGGGCAAGUCCUGCCUGAUCCGCCGCUUCACCGAGGGCCGCUUUGCUCAGGUUUCAGACCCCACCGUGGGGGUAGAUUUUUUCUCCCGCUUGGUGGAGAUCGAGCCAGGAAAACGAAUCAAGCUCCAGAUCUGGGAUACAGCGGGUCAAGAGAGGUUCAGAUCCAUCACUCGAGCCUACUACAGGAAUUCAGUAGGUGGUCUUCUCUUAUUUGACAUUACCAACCGCAGGUCCUUCCAGAAUGUCCAUGAGUGGUUAGAAGAGACCAAAGUACACGUUCAGCCCUACCAAAUUGUAUUUGUUCUGGUGGGUCACAAGUGUGACCUGGAUACACAGAGGCAAGUGACUCGCCACGAGGCCGAGAAACUGGCUGCUGCAUACGGCAUGAAGUACAUUGAGACGUCAGCCCGAGAUGCCAUUAACGUGGAGAAAGCCUUCACAGACCUGACAAGAGACAUAUAUGAGCUGGUUAAAAGGGGGGAGAUUACAAUCCAGGAGGGUUGGGAAGGGGUGAAGAGUGGAUUUGUACCAAAUGUGGUUCACUCUUCAGAAGAGGUUAUCAAAUCAGAGAGGAGAUGUUUGUGCUAGUUAACCCUUCCAUUUUCAAAACAUACUCUCCCACUUGAACUUAAAUGUUAUCAAAAUAAAUAGAAUUCUUAUGUGACUGAAGAGAACUCAACCUUUGGAUAACAAAUGAGCCUUCUUCCUAGGGGUGGACCUCUGGCAGGCUCAUGUGUGGAUAGAUAAGGAGCCUGGGUGCUGUGACUGAGGGACUAAUGUGCUGACAUGGGCUGGACCAGAAAUUGUUUUAUGGCCCAGGCUCAGCAAUGGCUGCUCUGUUUGCCCUUUGUGGACCACAUAUUAAGGGUCUGGAGUUUUGAAAGUUAGGUUCCAGGAAAACACAGACAGAAAAACUGUUUCUUGGUAUUGCAACUUUUCAGAGGUGGUGACCAUAAAGAAACAUGUAUAUGGAAAUCAAGUAUCAAACUGGGGACAAUUAAUAUAACUGAAAAAAAGAGUAUGGUAUCAACUUAUUCAGUGAUAAUACCAUGCCAGAUAUGUGCUGGGUUCAGUACACACUAACUCAUUUCUAACAAUACAACUAUAAAAUGAAAGUUCCAUAUGAAUCAGCUAUUUGGUAAGGCCCUUUCAAGGUCGAGCAGUCUAGUAAAACUGCUGUGAAUAUGAAAAGGGAAGUCAUUCACACAUUGUUGUUAUCACAUUUGAGAAAGUGUACACUCUGGUGCUAGAGUUACCAAUUGUGUGAAAGAAACUGUCCCAUGUAAAAUGCCCAUGUAAGGAGAAGAAGAAAACAUUGUAACUCAAAGGCCAAAUUAUAUCUGGGUUUUCACUGCAUCAGCUAACCAUAAUCUGGAAGUAAGCAUACUGCCUGCUUCUUCAGAUCCCUGCAGUGACAACACAGAGAUUGUCUACAAAAAACCCUAAGUCAAGCCUUUGGUCAUUGGCUUUAUGCUGAGUAUUUGUUCAAUGUGUGGCCCUCGAAACCCUUAAAAAUCCUGCAUAUUAAUUUAUUUCACUUAUUUGAUCACCAUAAUAGGCCUAUGAGAUUUUUUUUUACCCUAUUUUCCAGAAUAAGAAAGCAAGAGCCAAGACUACCUGAUUCUUAGAUUUUUUUCCGCCGGAUCAUAACACUGUCACAUGAAUAAAUGAUUAAUCUGUAAAUCUUGGAAGACAUGUGACUCUAAAUAAAUGUUCUCUACAUGAUAGGAUAUGUUUUCCUUGUUUCACAGCUCAGCUAUAAUCCUGAAGGACUCUAGGAAUAAUCAAAGGUUAAGCCCAUUCAGGAGUUAUUUACAAAAGGGCAUUAAAUAAGGAAUUAACUGCACAAAUGAAAACACAUUAAAACUGUGGGUUCUAAAUGUUCUUCUCACAAACACUAUAAAUAUUUUCUUGAAAGGAACCAAAUACAACAAAGGGGAGUAGGAUGGGAUAAAGUACUCACUCCACGAUAACCAAGGCCACCUGUCUGUUAUGUAUCUACACUGGGCUCCUGUCUACCUGAGUCAGUUCUUAAUUCUCAGGUGAUCAGACAGCUAACAAACAUCAGCAAAUUAGAAUGGGUGACAUGAAAAUUUCAUUAUCUUCUUGAAAAGAAGUGAUGCUUUAAUUACUUUUUGGACUGUAGCCAGUUCAGCUAGGCAAAAGCCAUACUUUUCACAGAAAACUAUUCUGAUUAGAGUCAAGUUUCUCAUAUACCCUGUGGUAGAAAGAAUGGCAAACCAUUUUUGCAAUAUCCUGUUCAAGUUCAGUAUGAAUAUGUGUGAAUCAGAAAAUCUGGGAAUUUGUUUCAACUAAAAUAAACCAAAUAAUAAAAGUUAUGAAAGAUCAUUCUGCCACCUUUGCUUCAACUUUGAUGAGCAAAUCAUCUUGGACCAAUUCACAUCAUCAAGUACAGGUGAAGUGAUCAUUUACUCUAUAUUCAUUUCACACAUUUUAAAUUGCCAGCUUUUUGGUUGUAGAAGACAAACAACCUUUUUUGUGGGUUAACACAAAAUCUCAGCAACUAUACUCAUGUCUGGAUAGUUCCAAAACCAAGAUUAUCCAGUGGAUAAAUGAGAGUUGUCUAGAUUCUUGUCAA